AUGAGCGGUGUUGUGGGUAUGUUAUGGGCGUUCGCUACUCUGGCACCAACCGCAAUGGGAAUCUAUACCGGCGGUAUCGUCGGUGUUGUAAGUGCCCAAGGUAUGUUGCGGACGACUGGCGGGGCUGGGAUGAGAAGCAUCCUCGUUGCCGUUGCGGGUUUCCAAGCCGCAUGCAGCACGAGCAAUCCGGGGAUCAUUGGACCUACCGGUGUCUUCGCGAGGAAUGUGACUUCAGGAGAAGUGCCAAUUCCAGGGAGCAGACUAGGCCUUAUCGGCGAGGCCGACGUGGGUCUCGACACAGAUAUGGAUAAGAAGCGAAGGAUAGAUAUGAUGGUGUUCGAGAUCUCUUGCUGUUGA